AUCAGCCCGCCCGUUUGCUGUCCCGCGCCCCGGAGGCCGUGGUUGCUGCAGCCGCCAUGUCGGAGAAGCAAAAGGGCAUCUCCCUCCGCAAGAAGCGGGGGGACAAGGCCAAGAAGAAUGCGCCCCCGACCAUCAGCGCGCCGCGACAGAUCAGCGCUCCUAUGCCCGUGACGGUAGCUCCCUCGUCGCUGCCAGGCUCGUCGCGCCCCUCGAAUGAGUCGAGCCGCUCCAGGACCAGGCCAGAUGGGCCUCCGCUGCCGCCGCAGGUGAAGCCGCAGCGGCCUGACAAGACGGCCGACCUGGUCAAGAGGCGGUACUCGCAGAAGGUGACAACGGGGCCCCCUGGCGACUACCGGAAUCGAGGGCCCAGGCCGGAAAUGCCCAAGAUGCCCUCGCAGUACAGGGACGACAGGGAGCGCAGCCAGACGAGAGAAGGGAGGCCGCCAGGGAGCUCCGGGGGCCGCGUGUUGCAGGUCGAUCCGCGCGCAUUGAGGGACCCAAACCUGCAAGUAGAGCAAUACGUGUCCACCAUCCUCGCAGACGCUUCCGAGGCCGACAUCAACCGCUACGAAGACGAGCUCCGCAAGACGAAGCACCGCACUUCUCUCGAUCUCCAGCACAAUGUGUACCAGAACCGCACGCAGUUUAUCAAAAUCAGUAAAGAGGCAGAGAAGCUCAAGGGCGAAAUGCGCACCCUGCGCCAGUUAAUGGCCGACCUGACCACGACGCUGGAGCAGACAGCAUCGGCCACUGGCGCCAACAGCGAUGCCGCAAGCUCGCGCAGAGCCAACAGAAGCUCAAUUGGAGACCUCAACCAAUUGCGAGCAGGCCAAUUGCAGCAGCUAUACAGGGAUGUUGAGGGCUCGCAAAAGUACCUGCCUCCUAUACCCGGGCGAUUUAUUGUGUGGAGGUCGGGGAAAUGGUUUCAGCUGGAUUCUGCGACCUUGAAAGCAAAAAGAAGAGUCAGAUUGCUCCUGCUGAAUGACCAUCUUCUAAUCGCUUCGGAAAAGAAAGCGCGCAACGAUUUGCCCGGUCAGCGUGAUGGCAACCGAGUGAACAUGGAGUUUACUGCACAGCGAUGUUUUCCGCUACAGGAUACGCAUGUUACGAGGACACCCGAGGAGCGCAUCAUCAUCCGUGUUGGCGCGGAAACAUUUACAUACGAUACCAAGAAAGAAGACAGUGGCGACAAGUCCGCUUUCGUUGCGACCUUCCGCAAGACCAAGGAUGAUUUGCGCAAGAGCCAAGAGGCCGAUGUGCAAGAAAAAGACCGAGCUCAGGACUCGUAUAGUCGUAUGCUCGCGCGUGACCCUACGCUCAUGAACAAGAUGGAGCUUCUGGAUAACCUUUCUGAUGGCAUCAAUAACGAGCAAUCCAAUACCUUUAUUGAUGUUGACGGCCAAAAGCGCAAUGUUCGAUGGGUAGAAAGUCAAUUGGACGACUUGGACAUUGAGAUUGCGCUUCAGCAUUUCGAGGAAGCAGUGGUCAAAGUCGACCGGCUCAAGUCAUUGGCAAAAAAUAUCAGAGGCAACGAGAUGGCAAAGACCAUUGUGACGUACAAGGUCAACGAGCGCGCUGCCAAGCUGGCAAACGUUCUAGUCAAGCACAUGGUGGAGCAUAACAACUGGUUUUCUUCGGUCAGACAGCAUGUCACCUGGGUAGUCCAACUUGGUUUCGAGGACAGAGCGCGAGAAGACUAUCUUGAGGCUCGCGGUAACCUUAUCAAGACCCGUUCACGUCAAUGCGUUUUCGAAGGCAAUCUGCCCGACUACAUCUUCCAGAUCUCGUACAUUUACUUUACUGUUAUCAAAAACACUGUCGAUAUGUUCCAGAAGUGUUUCCCGCAACAACUAAUGUCUGCGUGCGUCAAGUGGGCAAAGGAGCAUAUUGAUCAGUUCAACAUAUUGCUGAAAAGACAGCUCAGCAGUGUGGAGGAAGGCGGAAAUGUUUGGAAUGAAUGUAUGACGCUGGCGCACGAGCAUGCGGAGAUGCUUAGGGAGGUUGGGCUGGAUUUCACAGAGUUGGUUGGUAGGGGAAUCAACGAGCAGGAUGGCGAGGGUAUGCAAGCCGCAGUUGGAUUAGGAGUAUCUUCUUAGGCAGUUCCAGGAAACAUGCCAAGGGCUUCCAAUGGAUGCUUGCUGCCCGUGUCACUUGGCUACCUCGAUUUCUAGUACAUAUUUUCUACCAAU